AUGGCAGGGCAGGCAUUUAGAAAUUUUCUUCCCCUCUUUGACCAAGUUUUAGUUGAAAGGAGUGCAUCUGAAACUGUAACCAAAGGAGGUAUUAUGCUUCCAGGAAAAUCUCAAGGACAAGUGUUGCAAGCAACAGUAGUAGCUGUUGGACUGGGUUCUAAAAGAAAGUGUGGAGAGAUUCAACCAGUUUGUGUGAAAGGUGAAGAUAAAGUUCUUCUCCUAAAAUAUGGAGGCACCAAAAUAGUUCUAGACACAAGGAUUGUUUCUUAUUUAGAGAUGGUGGCAUUCUCAGAAAGUAUGUAG